AAGCGUCAACUCGCGUUCUGUCGGUGAGGACAGAUUUUCGCGCCAUGGAUGCCGAAAAUACUGAAUUAUUUUUGCAUUAUAUUCGAGAUUAUCCCGUAUUAUACGCAAUUGGACACGCAGAUUAUAAAAAUACGUACAAAAAAGAGGUAGCAUGGAGAAAACUUCAAGAAAAGACUCAGAUAGAUGUUAAAACUAUGAAAAAUAAAUGGAGAAACCUAAGGGACACUUAUAAAAAAUAUAAACAGGGUCAGCAAACAAACAGUGGACAAGCCGCGAAGAAGCUUGCUAAUUGGCAAUGGGCUGAACAGAUGUCGUUCAUAGAUUCAUCCACAAACUUGAGACAAACUGAAAUUAAACUGGAUACCAGUACUAUAUCUAUAAAGAAUGAAAAUGAAAAUUCUACAGAAGCCGAACAGGUUUCAAAUAAUGAACAGAAUGAGCUCGUCGUUCAAGAACUGGAGACAGCAUGGUCUACAGCUGAAACUACAGCUGAAACUGCAACUGAAGUAUCCCGGAGAAGACGACACCGUGUAAGCAACGACGUUUAUUUAAAGACUCGAAAAUCGGGUACUACGGCCAGAAACGCUACAGAAAAUCUUGUCAAUAUACCGUGUGAUCGAAUAGACAUGGAUUUUUUAGGUUAUGCCCAUACUGUAAAGAAAUUUUCUCUACAAAAGCAAGCUAUUAUUAAACUUCAAAUAACACAAAUUAUAACUGAGGCUCAACUUGAAGAAUUGAAUCAUAGCCGGCCAAAUUCUAAUUUCAGCAAUGCUUAAUCCUCUAGUCCCAAUUUUUACUACGUCGAUAACGACUGGAACAUUUCAAGAUCGACACCAUCUGAAGAACUGCGAACACAUUCCAUCCCAGACCCUCAAAACGUUUCAAUUGCACAGAUACAUAUACCUAACACGCAAACACAUUCAAUCCCAGACACUCAAAACGUUUCAAUUGCACAGAUACAUAUACCUAACACGCAAACACAUUCAAUCCCAGACACUCAAAACGUUUUAACUCCUACACUGAUACACACACCCAGUGGCAGAAGAAUUACAUACACCCAAGUAUCACGACAACACAACACGACAUCAAAAAAUAUACAUGAAUUUCUUUGUAAUUGGAAUGA